CUUUCCUUUUCCGAGAAAACGGUAAUUGCUAGACGAAAAAUUUUUUCUCAGAAUCUUCCGGUUUCGCAAGUUUUCACUAUAUCAUUUAAGAUAUUGGUUUCUGAGUUAUAUUGCUAUGCCGAAACACCGUAUUCCUGUGAAAGAAGCUGAAGCAGGGUUCUAGAUUAGACUUGGAAAGGCUGGUGUAUUACUUGCACCAUGCCCUCGAACAAAAAAAAAUGGGCGAAAAACUUCGACAGACGAGAACGAAAGCGGGAAGAAACCGAAGAAUCUGAUGCAACUUCAAAAAGAAGGGAAGAGGAACAAGCCAAAUCUUCACCAGAGACAGAAGGUCCUCAGGUGUCUCAACUAGGCAGAGGUGCCUGUGGAACAUCUGCUGAUAAAGUACCAGGUGAUAAAACUGCAGAAGACAAACAAGACCACAGAGGCCGCUUUAAAAGAAAGCAUUGGGACGGUAGAAAGAAUAAACAACACAGACGACACCAGGGCAGAGAAAAAGCCUCUCAAGAUACUGAAGCUACGACUGAAUCAAGUCAGACGGGUGCAGAGAAGAAAACAACACCGCAAGAAGAAAGGCCAGCCCCUCAAAAGGCAAGUGGAAGCUCAGUAGACAACGCACUGAUUGAGCGCAAUACUCGAGAUGACAACGUUAAUAAACAAAGGAGACAAGUUUACGGAGACUCAUCACGGUGCGUGGUGUCACCAUCAUUUGACAACGGAAAACGUUCAGGUCAAACACGAGCGCAACAGGGAAGAACACCUUUUCCAGGAAAUAAGACUGUCCUUUCCUCGUCACAGGAGAAAGCACAGGCGCCUUUGAGAGGCGUUUUACCAGAGAAAAGUAUUUUGAACUUGAAAAUAUUAAAAGAGAAGGAAGGUACCGAUAUCGUACAAAUAUUAAAUGAGAGUAUGCCUCGCUUUAAAUAUUUUCUACAGUCGGAAGAGGAGCAGCACAACAGAGAUGAAUUCAUCUUUGAUCUUACCUGCAUAUUAGAGAGAGUAUGCCUAAAGCCAAUUAACGAGAACGUGAUCAAAAUUUUCACGGCGCUUAAAGGUUCUAUUUUUUUGAGAUCAAAGAUUCCAUGCCUGCUAGAUCGUAUUCAAGACUCAGAAACCUUAAAUAACCAAGAAUCCCGAAGAACACUUAUUCAAUACCUGAUCAAAAUAUUCACACAGUUUUUGACGCCUUUCCCCAGUUCUUAUGCUGACCUGCCCUAUGAACAAUUGAAACGAGCCUUAGAUGAAACAAGCUUUGACAGAAAAGAGGAACUUGAGAAGGAGCUUGAGGUCUUUAAACAAUACAGAGAUAAUAUCAUUAUAGCUGAGAGACAAAAGCGAGGACAACGUUACACAAACGUGAUUGGACAAAAGCCGCCUAAUGACUUCAGGGAUUUGCCGAUUUGUCCAACAAACAAAGAAAUUACUUCUCAAGAGCGACCUUUCCUGCGUAAGAACAUUUCAAAGGGAAGAUAUGACGAUGUUGGACACUACCUCGAUGUACAAUUUCGGUUGCUAAGAGAGGAUUUUCUCGAGCCGUUAAGGGAAGGAAUUUAUGAGAUUACCCACAACGUCCCUAGAGGACGGCGCAAUCAGUCAAUGAAAUGCUACCAAGGAGUUCGCGUUGUUGGAAAGAAUUUCACUCUCUCUGGCGUUAUUUACAAAGUUCAACUUGAGAAUUCCAAGUUUGCCAAGGCAUUAUUGGCUCACUCAAAACGGCUCAUUUUUGGUUCAUUCGUUUGCCUUUCGAAAGACAACUUCCAUACCAUGCUCUUUGCCACGGUUGCCAAUCGAGAUCCAAAGGAUGUGGAUGAAGGUAAAUUUGAUAUCCGAUUCGUCGAAGAUCAAAAUGUUUUUGAUAUCGAAAAGCGUCAAGAGCGGUACCAGAUGGCUGAGUCUCCUGCGUAUUUUGAGGCGUAUUAUUAUGUGCUCAAGGGACUUCAAGAACUAAACGAAAACAGCAUGCCUUUUCCAAAGUACUUGGUUGGAUGCAGUGCCGAGGUGGACCCACCAAAGUAUCUCAGACGCGAUAGCAACCAGGAUCCCGUAUGUUACGAUCUCACGAAAGCCCUUGCUGUAAGUCAUGCAGUAGGGUUACAGAAGGUACCUGUGCUCGAGCCCGAAGCUUGGCCAUCCGCUGAGAAACUUCCUCUUAACAUUUCUCAGCUUGAAGCGCUAAGAGCAGGAGUUACUACCGAGUUCUCCGUAAUUCAAGGGCCUCCCGGAACAGGGAAGACCUAUGUUGGAGCCAAGAUCGCAAGAUGCCUUCUUGAGAACCGGAAACAAUGGGAUCCUGAGAAAGCAUCCCCGAUGUUGAUGGUCUGCUUCACCAAUCACGCUCUGGAUCAGUUCCUUGAAAAAGUGCUAGAAUUUAACCGGGAGAAAGGCGCGAUAAUUCGAGUUGGGGGAAGAUCCAAAAGCCAAAGUCUUGAAGGUUGCAAUUUGAAACUAUUCGUAAAGGAUAACAGACGACGUGGCAAACGAGGCUUCAUUCAUUGGAAAUUAAAAGACAAUUUAAGUGAAAUGGAAAAUGUCAAGAAAACAAUUCGUAAAGCUGACAUAGACCUUCUGGAGUUCAGAGUUUUGGAAGACGGCAUGAACUCGCUUCAUGUGGACCAACUUUAUGGCUCUUUGUUUCCACCAAACGCAACAAUCGAGUGCCAAAAUAUUCGCAAUACUUUUAAAUUGUGGCUGUGCGAUGACUCUCGGUUAAAUAAUAUGAAUCAGCCGUCAGAUGGAUCAACAAAGAACAACCAUGCUGAUGAAGUGGAUGGAUCAAUUCUUCAAGAGAAGGAUAAAAGUGUUGGUGAUCAAGUUCCUGAUGAUUUUCGAGCACCAUUCGACAUGUGCGUUACAGAUAAACCCCCGCGACUGAAGGCAAGGAGUUCUGAUGAAGUAAAAGUUGAAGAACGACAUGAAGGCCUUGAAGCCACAACCACUAGAGAAGAUGAAGCAACGCGGAUACAAAAUCAAAGACGCCUAGUAGGCGAAGAAGAAUGUAUAUCAGCAAUUCAACUACCCGACAAAGAAAACUGUCAAGUUGAAGAUGACGAGAAUGAUAAUGAAACUUGCGAAGGUUGGAUAGAGGUCUCAUAUAUGAAGCCGUCCAGACGAAAGAGGAAUGAACAGAGGAAAGAUCACAGUACUGAAUUUAGAAGUAGCCUCGGCACACAGACGACCAGUAAAAAAAGAAAGAAAAAGAAAAAAGGAGCAGUCAAGAUAGAUCUUGGAGCAGACACAAGCAAAAUAAACAAGAAGUUGCAAAAGCUAAAAAUGAUGUCGGAUGAAGAAGCCAUGAAUGUGCCGGAUAUUUGGUCCCUAUCAGAAGACGACAGACUCCGAUUGUACCUUUACUGGGCGGAAUGUUACCGUAAUCGCCACAGAAUGGAAGUCCAAGGAUAUGAACGAAAGCACGAGCAGCUUUGUGCGGAGUUAGAAGAGGUGAGAGCAGAAGAGGAGGAAGAAGUCAUACGUAAAGCAACUGUUGUUGGAAUGACAACUAGUGGUGCUGCAAGAUACCACUCCAUGCUCCAAAAAAUAGGCCCCAAAAUUGUUAUUAUCGAGGAGGCAGCCGAAGUUAUGGAGGCGCACAUCAUCACUUCUUUAUCACGUGAUACAAAUCAUGUUAUACUCAUCGGAGACCACAAGCAGUUACGCCCGAAAGCAACAGUCUAUGAACUGGCCCAGAAAUACAACCUAGAAAUUUCCUUGUUCGAAAGAAUGGUAGUGAACAGCAUGGAUUGCAAACAGCUGAACAUACAGCAUCGCAUGCGCCCUGAGAUUGCAGCACUGACUAAACGGUUUUACGAUCAUGAGAUACUGGAUCACGAAACAGUGUGCAAAUUCGAGGAUAUAGUUGGCGUAUCGAAGAAUAUGUUCUUUGUUGAUCACUGUCAACCCGAGAGCCUAAAUGGGAAUCUGCAGAGUUUCUCUAAUCCUCACGAAGCCACCUUCUUGAAAUCCCUAUGUAAGUAUCUUCUACAGCAAGGUUACAAACCUUACCAAAUUACAAUUCUAACCAUGUACAUCGGCCAGCUACUUCUUCUUCAAGAAAAAAUGCCACGUAAUCAAUUUGAAGGAAUCAAAAUUUGUGCAGUAGACAACUUCCAAGGAGAAGAAAAUGACAUAAUUCUUCUGUCAUUGGUGAGAAGCAAUGCAGAGGGUCGAAUAGGUUUCCUUAGUGAAUCCAACAGAAUUUGUGUUGCUUUGUCACGAGCACGCAAAGGAUUUUACUGCAUUGGAAACCUCAACAUGCUAAGACGCCAGUGUCAAGUGUGGGAGGGGAUAUGCCAUGAUUUAGACACAAAAAGUGCAAUUGGCGAAACCCUUGAACUUACUUGCCAGAGACACAAGAACGUGGAAUUUGCGAGAGACUCAGAGGACUUUCCGAAGUAUGGAGGAUGCUGGAAGCCGUGUGGGGAACGUCUUGAAUGUGGCCAUGCUUGUGACAGGCCUUGCCAUCCGUCAGACCUGUAUCAUUAUGAUCAAUGUCGAAAAGUGUGUUUCAAAAGUUGCCCCAACGAACACCAGUGUGAAGACGUUUGUCAUCACCCAAGACCCUGUCCUGAUUGUUAUCACGGUAUGACCAAAACAGUACCUCAGUGUGGGCACGAACAGUCCAUACCAUGUUGUGUUGCUCCUGCAAAGUUUUCUUGUCUAGUGAAAUGCGAGAAGGUGCUUCAAUGUGGACACAACUGCAGAAAAAAAUGCGGGGAGGUUUGCACAGAUAAAUGCAAAGUCAAGUGUGUAAGAACUCUCCAGUGUGGGCACAAUAAGGAGGUGGCAUGUCACCUUGAUCCAACUACUGUAGAAUGUCAUAAUGACUGCAAGAAAGUUUUGGAAUGUGGCCACCCUUGCACAAAAAGAUGUAAAGACGAAUGCCAGUGUAACGCGGAAAUUAUAGUUCAACUACCGUGUAAGCAUAUGAAACGAGUUUUGUGCCACAAGAAAAAUGAAUCAUUCGAGUGCAUCGAGAGAUGCAGACGAACUUUGGACUGUGGUCAUGAGUGUCCUGGAAUCUGUUAUGAGGACUGUAGAGUGGAUCUAUGCCACGUAAGCGUGAUUAAAGAACUUCCCUGUGGGCACCAACAAAGCGAACCUUGUAGUGUUGACCCCAGAAGUGCUUUUUGUUACAAUCCUUGUCAGAGACGAUUGGAUUGCGGUCACAAAUGCCCGUCAGUAUGUGGCCGUCAAUGCAAAGAAGUCAAAUGUGAGGAGUUGUGCCAAGCCAAGUGCGCAAGAGGUCACGCAUGCCAAAAGGUGUGCCACUUUGGUCGUUCGUGUGAUGCCUGCAUGGUGGUAGUCAAUAUGUCAAUUCCCACAUGUGGACACACAGUCGAGGUGCCCUGUCACUUAGAUCCGAAAUCAAUCAGCUGUGGUAAACCAUGCCAAAGAUCAAGAGUAUGUGGACACCCUUGCUCAAGUAUUUGUAGUAAGAAAUGUGAAGCUCGGCCAUGUACAGAGCUUGUGAGCAGAAAGUUACCGUGCGGUCACAUGGUGGAUUUACCUUGCCACAAAAAUCCCUCAAAGCAUAAAUGCACGGAAAGAAUUGAAAUUGACUUGCCUUGUGGUCACAAAAUGUACUGCGAGUGCUGUGUUGCGCAGGGAGCAGAAAAAAAACCAUUGUGCAACGUGAAAGUAGAGAAAGAGCUCCCUUGUAAACACAAACUUACUCUUCCUUGUCACAAAGAAGCUGAUGGUUGCAAAUGCAAGAAGAAAGUUGAUGUUGAACUAUCAUGUGGACAUAAGAAGUCUCUCGUUUGCUUCUCUUUGAAAAAGGAUUUGCAAAAUGUUUCCUGCGUGGUUAAAACGACAAGAAAACUACUAUGGGGACACGAAACAAUUCUCCCAUGCUAUUUCAAUCCAGAGGAAUACUCCUGUCAAAAAGAAGUUCAACUUACCCUUUCCUGUGGACAUGAGCAGCUGACAACGUGCUCGAAAAUGAAAACUAAAUUGACAAAGGAUGAAUGUAACGAAAUGGUAACGAUGAAAUUGCCUUGUGGUCAUGAAAAGCAGUUAAGGUGCUCUGAACGACAAGAAGGAAACCUCUGUGAUGCUCCAAGUGAUCAUUUACUUAUGUGUGAAGAAGAAGUUCAACUUACCCUUUCCUGUGGACACAAGAAGCACACAACAUGUUCUAAAAUGAGAAAUGGAUUGGAAAAAGAUGAAUGUAACGAAAAGAUUCCUAUGAAAUUGCCCUGUGGUCAUGAAAAGAAGGUGAGGUGCUCUGAAGGACAAAACGGAAAUAUUUUCUGUAAUGCCCGUUGUGAACGCUCUCUUCCGUGUGGACACCGUUGUCAGAAGAAAUGCGGUGAUGAUUGCGCUUCUUCCAAAUGCGCUGUGGAAGUUCAGAAGGAUUUAGCCUGUGGAGUCCAUAAAGUCAGCUGCCUCUGCUCUGAGAAUGUGUCCCAAGUCGUUUGUACAUAUAAGUGCAAGCGGAAGUUACCCUGUGGUCACGUAUGUCCUGGAAAAUGUUCAGAGAAAUGUAGUCAGUACAAAUGCCGCAAGAAAAUGUUCAAACAGCUCAACUGCGCAGGAGGCCACUCUCUCCAAAUGAAGUGCAGUGACAAUCCCAACGAUGUCAAAUGCGCGGAGAAAUGCAGCAGAAAACUUGGUUGUGGUCAUCUGUGUCCGGGCCUUUGUAGCGAGGAGUGUGAAAAUAUGAGAUGUAUGCAGAGAAUUGAAGAUAAAUUUCCCUGUGGUCACAAAAUGGACAAUGUUCGAUGUUUUGAACGAAGAACUGCUACUUGCACCGCUCCUUGUCAGCGACAGAAGAGUUCGUGCAAACAUCGCUGUAAAGGAGUUUGUGGAAAAGACUGCUCUAAUUAUCCUUGUGAUGAGGUUGUGAAGAAAGUCCUGUCUUGUGGCCAUAAUAUCGAGAUGCUUUGCCGGCAGUCUAUCCAUGAAGUGCAGUGCCCAGCUGAAUGUAAAGCAAAGUUGCCAUGCGGUCACUAUUGUUCGGGAACAUGUUACGAUUGUCAGGAGAGAGGUUCACAUGAAUUUUGUCAACAUCAAUGCGGGCGAUUACUUAUUUGUUUACAUCGUUGCAAAGGUGUUUGUGGCGAGCCUUGUCCUCCCUGUAACCAGAGUUGUGCCAAAAGUUGUCCCCAUGGAAAAUGUAAAAAGCCUUGUUCACAGCUUUGUGAUUCUUGCACUGAAUUGUGCACAUGGAGUUGUCCACAUUAUCAGUGCAAGAAUCUUUGUGGAGAAGAAUGCGACCGCCCGCCAUGUAAUGCUCCCUGUCCCAAGAAGCUCCCUUGUCAGCACCCAUGUAUUGGCUUGUGUGGGGAAAACUGUCCAAAGCUGUGUGCCAUAUGUGAUGCCAAAAAGCUCUCCUCCACAUUAGCUGCUGGAGGUUAUGCUAAAACGGAAGACGUGAGGUGUCUUCAACUUCUUGAAUGUGGUCACAUCAUGAGUGUUGAAGCGAUGGAUGCGUGGAUGGUGCGUAAACUGGGUGACGAUCUACAACUUCUACGAUGCCCCAAGUGCUCAAGGUCGAUAACAUUCAGCUAUCGUUACGGAAAUAUUGUCAGAAGGACUCUGAAAAACGUUGAAAACGUGAAGACACAAAUACAAAAACUUGAAGCAGAGGUUAACAACGCUGUCAUUCUUUUAGCAAAGGACAUCGAUGCAACUCAGAAGCAUGGUGUGAGAUACAGAAAGAAGUUUGGACAAACAGACUUUGCCUGUGCACGUUCUAUCCCGUGGAAGUGGAAUCCUUUCAAUUUGCCGCGUAGAAAUCGCACUAUUGUUUUCAAAUGUACGUUUAAAAAUCAUUUGAUGAUCCUUCAACAAGUGAGGAAGACAGAAACCGUCCUGGAAAACAUCCAGGCAUGCCGGGAGGUAAGCGAACAAUCGAAUGGAAUCAAAGAUGCCUUGAAAAACAUUGAACAGGAUCUUGAAAACCCAGAGCUUGAUUUGGAAACAUUAAGUCAGAUUCACGAGCAGACCAAAAAGUUCUUCCUAUUUUCUCAAGCUUUACAGGCCCAGGUCAUUACUCUGAUGCCUCAGAUUUCCUUAUCAAGCAGUGGUGUAGAGCGAUUGUGGCUGGCACACGUACGGCUUAAGAAAUUUCUCCAAGGGAACGAUGACACUCUAGAUAUUGACUGGCUGGAAACAAUCGUCAAUUUGCUUAGAAAAGAGGUGAAACUUGCACCACUGCCGAAAGAAGCUCCAGACUUCACAAAUUUUCCUGGUUACCAAAGAGGUAUGUGGAAAUUAUGCGAGAAAGACCACGCAUUCUACAUCGGGUGCAUUGUGCGAAGAGGGAAAACCAUCCCCGUUGGCAGCGAGGGCUGCACGUUGUGUGCGCUUGAAGAAAACGACUAAACAUCCCAAGUACGUUUAUAUCCCAACUGGUUUGUGUACGAAUUUAGCCGAGACGCCAUUUCUGAAGGUCAAGGAAGUGGCCAGCAAAACUAUUGAGGACACAAAAUAACUUACCAGAGGGUUCCAAAUGCAAUAUGCAAGACUUAAAAAAUACAAAUGAAAACUACGAUGGACUCCUCGACAAUAAAAAUGAAAAACCUCAUAAAUGAAGCAAGCUGAAUGAUGAACAUCUUUCCCUAUUAAAGUAAAGAGUGAAAAGAACAUCGGUGCGAAUAGACCACAUCAGAAAAAACAUUACAACCAACUUUAGAAAACGACCUUAAUGGAAUGAAAGAAGGAUUGGUAAGAGGGUUUAUCACAAGUUCUCAAGGUUUAUCCUCAAAUUUUUAGCAAAACAUCUGUAUCGUGAUUCUCCUUGAAACGGAAUAGAAUAGUCGAUGAACAAAAUUUGAAUGUCCUUUUGUUCGCCAAGCAACUAACUUUCAGUGAAAUAAUUUUUAAGAAAACUUAUUUGAAUUUCAAAAUUAAUGAAAGAUGGUACACAAAACCAAUCAUAGAUGGUAAAUAAAGAAAUUCAAACUUUUCAUGAGA